AUGCAACUAUCUUGGGCGAGACGUAAUUUGAAGCUAACAGAAGCGGCGAAGCUGCGCUCCCUGCUGCGCGAAAACGGUGGCGAUGACCCUGCGACGUUUGGGAUUCUAUUAAAAAAAUAUCAGUCGCAACUUUCUCCAGCGGAAUGCGUACACGCCGCAGCUGUUCUAAAUGGGAUCUGUACUAGGGAACGCAACACACUCGAAUUACCAAUAAAUUUUGCCGAUGUGCAAGCUAUGCUCUCUUCGAACAUCCGAGGGAAGCUGUACGCGCUUACAGAGCCUUCGGAACUAUGCGAAGUUACCAUUGGGGCAUUCAACCAUGCUGUUGCUUCAAAAGGACUAGUUACUGACUUUGUAGGUCGACUUGAACCAUUAUUCCCGCGGGUUCGUGGACAGGCUCUCUCGCAGGUCUGCGAUACCCUGGUGUAUCUCCACCUAGCGGGGUAUCGCACAGUUCCAGUAUGCUCCAAGUUGUUCGCGCAUAUAGCGGCCCGUGGUUCACAUAGUGAUCUAACGCCAUCUAACUAUGUUGCACUGGUACGUUGCAUGGCCAAAACAGGAGUACGCAACGACUCUUUGUGUGCCCGUGUAGGUCACGGACUACGUUCCGUCCUGACUCUUCCUGGCAGAAUAUCGCCAGAGGAUGCGGGAGAACUUUUGCAGUGGUAUUCGAGCGAUAUGUUCGACAGCAUCUUCAUACGUCACCGACUCAUUGACGCGGUACUUUCUGCAGGCGAUGUGACCAUGGAAGCCCUUGCACGUUGCACGCUGGCAGGGGUUUUUCCUACCCGUAAUAUAGACCGUAUAGAUGCGUUGGUUAUAGAGGGUUGUGCAAAUCUCGAAACUAAAACCACGCUACGCCUACUUAGUGGCUACGCGGCGUUGCGCUACAAGCCUCCGGAGGUCAUAGAAAGGUUAUUGGAGACAUUGAAAGCUGACGUCAAGAAAAUGCGAAACUUCAGUGAUGUAGCCAGUUGUAUCUAUAGCAUAUACCUACUGGAUACUAAAGAACGCACUCUAAUUGAUUUCUCCAUGAGCUUUCUUAAGAACGACCAAGCACCUUUAUCAGCCAAAGAUCUCAGCGACAUAGUCAAAGUACUAGGCGCAUUACUGCACUUCAGAACAAAAGAUGUCGAAGCGUAUAACCGACUGUUACGCGAGACCAUGAGAUUGGACUGCUCAUUGACACAUGGCGAACUUAACAGACUACAACUAGUCAGCAUCGGCUUGUGGAAACUCAUGCCGGAACUGUUUAACUCCUUCGACGUUGGAGCACAGGAGUACCUCGUGGAGAUUGCACACAGGACCUCUCCCGAGCCUCUGGAGAUGCGUGACUGCGACUUCCAGAAGGAAGUAUCAAAAACCGUCACGUUUGUCUCAUAUACGCUCUACAAGGAGGUUCAAGUUGGUCCGAUGCUUGUGGAUUUUGUGCGUCCUGUAGGCGAAGAGGAAGUUGCCGAUCUUCGCAAUCGCGACAUCCGACGGCCUCGAAUUAGAGAACUACAUGAGGAACGUAUGUUAGCGGGACAGUUGAUAAACUGCGCCACCAUACUUAUUGCUGACGGGCGUGACCAGUUCUAUCGUAACUCCCGUGAGCGUACUGCGGACUCCAAAAUGAAACUUGACGUUUUGCGGGGUCUUGGGUUCCGCUACCUAUGCGUGCCGUACUGGGAGUGGGAACCGCUACCUGGGUGGAAUGAUAAACGCAGAUACAUGGAGAACCUGCUCUCCUUGCCUAAGGGGUGA